AUGGAACGAUCGGAUAUUGGAAGCAUUGGUUGCGCAGCCGCCAAAUGUCCAGAAUCGGAAGGCACGGUCGAGAUUAGUGUGGCGUGCUUUUACGGCAAAAUCUCCGACUACUCUGAGAAGCAUUCACCUGCAACAACGUCUACAACACCUAGUGAGGAGGAAGAGGAGGAAAAAUCGACGAGCGAACUUUCUACUGAACCCGAAGAGUUCGCUACAUCGACGACCGACCUUACCACACAAAAGGAUUACGAAGUACUGACGAACAUACCCAGAAUAGAUCAGCCAGUGUAA